UACGAAAGCUAACUAAAACUGAGCGUAGCGUGCAAAUUAUCUCUUUUUUUUAGCUAACUUGCACAAACGUGCACAGUAAUAAUUAUAUUAUCGAAAGCCUGAGUACUUAAAAAGUUUUUAAUUAGCUUUAGCUUUAUGCUUGGACAACACCUCGACAAGUUCGAUUCUAUAAAAAGCCAUUACUUUGGUGCACAAUUUUCAGUUGAGACGUUUGUAGUUUAAAGUACAAUUAUUAUGAACGUGAACGGUAUCAUUAUUUUAUUGGUAUUGGCCACGUUUGUGGAAGGCGCCAGUGUUCCAGAAGACAAUGAGUCUUCCUCUACUACCGAAAACGACAACAGUUCUUCUUCUACAAAAGACACCAGUUCUUCUUCUACAAAAGAACCCAGUUCUUCUUCUACUCCUUUAACUUCUCCAGAAGACACUAGUUCUUCUUCUGCUUCUCCAAAAGACACAAGUUCUUCUUCUACUCCUUCUUCUACAUCUCCAAAAGUCACUAGUCCUUCUUCUACUUCUUCAAAACACACCAUUUCUUCUUCUACUUCUCCAAAAUACGCUACUCCGUCUUCUACUGCUCCAACUCCUUUUUCUUCUACUUCGACAUCUACUUCUUCUACUUUGUCAACUUCUACUUCUGUUCGGACUCCCACUUCUAAGUCUACUACACCUAAAGGCGAAACUAAAACAACAGAGGACCCUCUCACAGAAUUGGACACGCACAUAAAUGAAUUAAUACAAAAGCUUAUCGAUUCCAAGGAAGGAUAUUACGAUAAAAAUAGAGAAUAUGAGGAUGAAUUGUCAUAUUUAAUUCAUGCCAAAGGACUGAAAAAGGAAUAUUUUACCUACAAAUAUGACAUUUAUAAAACAUUCAAAUUCUAUAACAAACGACGGUUAGAGCUAGAGGAAAAAAUUGAAGAGCGCAUUGAAGAGAUCAAUACUGAACUUACAGUCGGAGUGGAAAAUGAAUGCUUUACGUUUUAUUUAAGGCAAAAAAGGACACUCGAGCUCGCUCUUGUCAAGUCAAACUAUCAGAAGGAAGAUGCAUUGCGACAAAAUGACACGAAUUGCCCAAACUACAUAUAUGAAUAUGAUGAAUACAAUGAAUAUGAUGACUUUUAUGACUACGAUGAUUUUGAUUACUAUCAUUAUUUUGAUAACUAUGCUUAUUAACCCUUACCAGAAAUAUUAUUCAAUAUAAAUAUUACGAUUUGUACCUCUGA